AUGGGAGGCAUAGGGGGGCGCGGGGCUGCUUCAUGGAGUAACGCUGCCAGUCUCUCCGAAGUGCACGACCCCUUGCCAUCAACAAGCAGACCAGCUGCGCACAAAUCCGCCAAACGGAGACCAGGACUGUACUCCUCGCUGAAGAGCACAUACUCUCACUCUGCCUCGAGACCUUAUGCUGCCGUGCCCGGGGAUCCUCACGAUCAGCGCUCGCCGCUCCACUGCGCUUCUGCUGGUCCCGAAGCGGACGACUUUCUUCAUCAUUCGGACUACAGACGAGGCUAUUCUCGGCACUUUGACGGAGGAAGAAUCUCCCUACGAGGACUGCUCAACGUCGGCACUCUGAUCAUGCUCGUACUCGGCCUGUUGGGACUCUUUGCGGGCUACCCGAUACUCGCGCAUUUCGACGAGCUCAAUGGACAGAUUCCUGCUGGUGUGAAUGGGUCGGGCCAGCUGCCCAUAGUGGUCAACGCGUUGAAUUUCCGAGACCACGACACACCUCCGGAGGCUUGGUCGUGGAAGAAUCCGGAUGGCGAAGACUACCACCUGGUAUUCUCUGACGAAUUUGAAGUUCCUGGUCGCACCUUCUGGCCAGGCGACGACCCGUAUUGGGAAGCCGUCGAUAUUUGGUAUGGUGCAACUAAAGAUUACGAGUGGUACAUGCCUGAGCAGAUCAAUACGACGUCGGGCUAUUUGCAGAUCACCAUGAGCGACCGACCUGCCCACGACCUGAACUUCCGCAGCGCCAUGCUACAGUCUUGGAACAAAUUUUGUUUCCAAGGUGGCUUUAUCGAGUACUCAGCUAUUCUGCCUGGCUCUCCGGACACCCAAGGUUGGUGGCCUGGUGCGUGGCUCUCAGGCAAUCUAGGACGACCGGGAUAUUUGGGCACGACGGAAGGCACUUGGCCCUACAGCUAUUCUGGCUGUGAUACUGGCAUCCGACCCAACCAGACGACUCCAGAUGGCUUACCAGAGUCGAUAUCUACAGCAAAGCUGUAUGGAAAGACCGGCUUGUCGUGGCUGCCAGGCAUGCGUUAUUCGUCGUGCACCUGCCCGGGCGAAGACCACCCUGGGCCAUCGAACGACGUGGCGAGAGCUGCGCCUGAGAUAGACGGUCUCGAAGCGCAGACACAAAAAGGUGUCGGUCAGGCAUCGCAGAGUCUCCAAGUUGCUGCUUUUGACGUAGGGCACAAGUGUAUCCAGAACGCAGCUACCAUCUACGACGAAUCAGUCACCCAUUUCAACGACUAUACUGGGGACAAUUACCAGCAGGCGCAGUCCGGAGUGUCCAACAUUCCUGAGAAGGCGUAUGAGCUGGCCGACAAUCCGACGUUUACAAAAUUCGGAUUAGAGUACUCGCCAGAUCUUGAGCUCAACGGCGGCGGCUUCUUGACGUGGUACGUCGAUGGCAAGCCAACUUGGCGAAUGGAUGGAAAAUCUAUGCCAGCAAAUGCAGACAUUGGUGUUGGCCAGCGUCAUGUGCCGACAGAGCCCAUGAGCAUUGUCAUCAAUUUUGGCAUCUCCCAAGGCUUUCAGAACGUCGUCUUCGACACGCUGAACUUCCCCGCGACCAUGAAGGUGGACUAUGUGCGCGUCUACCAAAAGAAUGGCCAGCCUGAACGCGUAAGCUGCAGCCCGCCGGAUCAUCCUACCUCAGAUUUCAUCGAGAGGCACAAGGAUGUGUACUACAAUCCUAACGUGACCGUGUGGCCCAAAGCGUGGCCCAAGAAUAGCCUCGUUGAUGGAUGCUAG